AAGUGUCCUCAUUUGAAUGUGAAGCAUAUAAGAAGCUGCUGAAGAUUCAAACAGUCCUCCACAUCCUCAUAUUCACACACAGGGAACGUCAGAGAUAAAACACAGACAAGAAAUUGGAAGAAGUAAAACUGGAAGAAGUAAUCAUAGCCAGGUUCAUCCAAUGAGGAGUAAAAUGAAGUUGAUGUGCAGACCCCCUCUUUUCCAUUUGCUCCUGUGCUGUGUAACCCAGACAUUGGGUGUCCAGAUCCAGUCUGACCCAGAAGUCAGCACUGAGGGUGUUAUACAGACAGAGGUAAACAGGACUGUGUCUCUGCUCUGCCUGCCUGACAGAGGCUCUGAGACUCCGGCAGAUGAAGAGCUGGUGUGGCUGAGGAAUGGCGCUGUGGUCAGUCUGAUGGAGGGGAAUAGGAAGGGACGCAGUAGCGUGUGCAUUUCGCCCAUCAUCCAUGAAGAUAACGGCGCCACCUUCACCUGCCACCUGAGCAGAAAUGCUACAGUUAAGGCCUCAGUCACUCUCAAUGUCACAUAUCACCCACAGCUCUCUGGGUCAGAGGAGGUUACAGUAGAAGAUGAGUCAGUGCUGGCCCUGCGGUGCGAUAUCUGGGCCAAUCCACCGGUCUCAUCCGUGUCGUGGACACUAAAUGGAAGCGCAGUGGAUCUAUUAGCAGGUGGCUUCACAGUGACCAAUGACGGCUUUACAAGCCAGCUGAUUACCAACAGCGUGGAGAAAAGCCUGCACGAAGGCACGUAUCAGUGCACAGCAAACUUUCCCGUCUUUGGAGAACACAGCAAGAUCUUCAAAGUCACAGUGACAGAAAAGACCAUGAAGUUUCCACUCUUGCCCUUCAUAGCAGGAGUGGUGGUGGUGUGCCUUACCACGUUGCUUGCCGUGGUUUCACGGUGGAGCAAAAUCAUGAAGUGCUGCAAGUAACCUGUGUAUUCUCUGCUUCACCCAAUGAAGCAGAUGCCACGAAGACAUCACCCCCCCACCCCCACCCCCCUCCACUGAGUGCCAGAGACUGUGAUUACCCACUUACGUAGCCCAGUUUUUAAUUUUAUAUCAUAUUUGACAUUUUUUGAAGGAAAGGUUUAACAUGUGGGAAAUACACUUACAAAAUGUAGCAUGCUGUCUGCCGUCUUAGCAGUUUGUCACUUAUUUGAUUAUUGAUUAUGGCAGCGGGAUCUGUGAAGUUGACCUUGAGAUGAUCCUUGUUACUUUUCACUGUGUGAUGCAACCUGACCCUGUGAUGUGAAAAAUGGGUUUUCUUGUUAAUAUCUCUGCAAUAAAAGUGCUUUAGUUUCCCCACAAAACUUAAAAGUACACCUGCGUUAUGGGGACACCACUGCUUCUGGUUGUAUAUUUGAGAGUUAUGGUUUAAGGAUAGAAUUGAGGGGCAGUCAAUUAAUAUUGUCAGUGGAGCUGCCCUUUCCAUCACAUUUGCAAUUUGCAUAUAGCAUGGUGUUAUCAUAGCUCUUGAGGGACACUGCAUUUUGAAGCAUCUAAGGUUUGAAUACUGUUAAAACAUAUAUACAGAUUGACAGACAUAUUCAAAACUGCCAUUUUCUAUUAGCUAAUGUAUGAUAAAUGCAUAUAUUACAUCCCAUUACCCAAGUAUGUUACUUACAGUAUGUCUGCAUGUUGUGCCACUGCACAGGUGAAGUCAUAUAUCAUAAGAUUAAUCACCACACUCAUUUUCAGGUGACCAGAAAGAGACUAGCUAGUGAGCUCAAACUCAAGCCAAAAGAAAAGCAACUUUUCUUAUAAAUGAAUAAGAACUUUUGUGAAGUCUAUGUUAAUGCUUUUAGCCCUCCUGAUGUAAAAGUGGGUCUAGGUUUCAGAGACAUAUCUGUCAUACAGUUAAAACAACUGAACAAACAUGUGUGCCUAAUAUUUUUAUUUUUUUUUCACAUUUGCACUGAACUUUAACUCCUGACUCAACAAUACAAUCAAGGCUCGUUAAAAUCAUGUUAUACAUUUACUCUUAAUGAGACAAAAGGACAGGGACUACAAUGACAUGAGGUUCAAGGUCUAGAGCUUUGUGCCCUUACCAAUAAAGAAACUUAACAGGAUCACAUAAAACAGCGCAAUACUGAACGUGGAUGAGAGCACGUUUGACAAGAAGGCACGGGUGUCAUAUUGGCCUCAAGAGGUGUUCAAAUAUACAGCAUAAAGAGGA